GCCUGGGAAUGGAGCGGCGAGGAGCGCGUACAUGAGCCAGCCGGAGCCACGAGCCGAGCAGAGGCUGCCUGGGGAGCCCAACUCCGUCGCCGCCGGAGCAGCAGCAGCAGCAGCAACAGCAGCCGCCAGCCCCGCCGACCGGUCCCCUCCGGAGCCCAGAGGCGGCCGCGCCGGCAGAGGCGAAGGCAGCCGGCUCCGAGCGAUCGGCGCAACCGCUUCCCGGCGCGCAAGUUCCCUCUCUCCGUCCGCCGCCACCGAACUGCGAGGAAUGAAAGCGUUUCAGGCAGAUCUGCUUCUCCUGGGCUUCUUCCUUCUCAGCCAAGAGCUUGGUCUCCCGAGGAGAGGAUGCUGUCUGGUCUUUGGGUUCAUGUACAAGGAGAAAUAUCGGCGAAUGACUGAAGGUCCAGCAUCUUCCUUUACCCAGCAGCCUCAGGACCAGGUAGUAAUUGCUGGACAGCCUGUGACCCUGUUGUGUGCAAUUCCGGAAUACAAUGGCAUCGUGCUGUGGAUUAAAGAUGGCCUUGCUCUUGGAGUUGGCCGGGAUCUCUCAAGUUACCCACGUUAUUUGGUUGUGGGGGACCAUUUGUCUGGGGAGCAUCACCUGAAGAUACUGAGAGCUGAUCUCCAAGAUGAUGCGGUGUAUGAGUGCCAGGCCAUUCAAGCAGCCAUCCGUUCCAGACCAGCUAGGCUGACUGUUCUUGUGCCUCCAGAUGAUCCGGUUAUUAUUGGGGGGCCCGUCGUUAGCCUAAGAGCUGGUGAUCCUCUGAAUCUGACCUGCCAUGCUGAUAACGCCAAACCAGCAGCAUCCAUCAUUUGGAUGCGGAGAGGAGAAGUAAUCAAUGGAGCAACCUACUCAAAGACAAUACUCCGGGAUGGCAAGCGAGAGAGCAUCAUGAGCACCCUCUUUGUCUCCCCAUCUGACAUUGAGAACGGCCAGACGAUCGUCUGCAGGGCCACCAACAAGGCCAUUCCUAGUGGGAAGGAGACAUCUGUCACCAUUGACAUUCAACAUCCACCUCACGUCAAUCUGUCGGUUGAACCACAGCCUAUCCUGGAGGACAACACGGUGAAGUUUCACUGCUCAGCCAAAGCCAACCCUGCUGUCACCCAGUACAGGUGGGCCAAAAAGGGACACAUUAUCAAAGAAGCAUCAGGUGACUCUUACGAAGCCAUUGUUGACUACACCUACUUUUUUGAGCCAAUCUCCUGUGAGGUGACGAACCCUUUGGGAAGUACCAACAUCAGCAGGACGGUAGAUGUCUACUUUGGCCCACGAAUGAUGUCAGAGCCACAGUCUCUCCUUGUCGACCUCGGAUCGGAUGCUGUUUUUAACUGUGCCUGGAUCGGAAAUCCAUCCCUCACCAUCGUCUGGAUGAAGCGCGGCUCGGGUGUGGUCCUGAGCAAUGAGAACACAUUAACCCUGAAAAAUGUCCGGCAAGAGGAUGCUGGGAAAUACGUGUGCCGAGCAGUAGUGCCCCGUGUAGGUGCUGGAGAGCGGGAAGUAUCCCUGACUGUCAAUGGGCCACCGAUAAUCUCCAGCACUCAGACUCAGCAUGCUCUUCAUGGGGAAAAGGGCCAGAUCAAAUGCUUUAUCCGCAGCACUCCUCCACCAGACCGAAUUGCCUGGUCCUGGAAGGAGAAUGUCCUGGAAUCAGGUACCUCAGGACGGUACACAGUGGAAACUGUCAGCACGGAUGAAGGUGUGAUCUCCACAUUAACCAUCAGCAACAUUGUGCGGGCUGACUUCCAGACCAUUUACAACUGCACCGCCUGGAACAGCUUUGGUUCAGAUACAGAGAUUAUACGUCUGAAAGAACAAGGUACGGAAAUGAAAACAGGAGCUGGUAUGGAAGCAGAGUCAGUGCCAAUGGCAGUCAUCAUAGGUGUGGCCGUCGGAGCCGGUGUGGCCUUCUUGGUCCUGAUGGCCACCAUCGUGGCCUUCUGCUGUGCGCGCUCACAAAGAAAUCUGAAAGGUGUGGUUUCAGCCAAGAACGAUAUCCGCGUUGAGAUUGUUCACAAGGAGUCUGCCUCGGGCAGAGAAACAGAGGAACACCCGACGAUAAAGCAGCUGAUGAUGGACAGGAGUGAGUUCCAGCAGGAUUCAGUCCUCAAGCAGCUGGAGGUGCUCAAGGAGGAAGAGAAGGAGUUCCAGAAUUUGAAGGACCCCACUAAUGGUUACUACAGCGUGAACACCUUCAAGGACCACCAUUCCACUCCCACAAUCUCCCUUUCAGGCUGCCAGCCAGAACUGAGACCUGCCAACAAACAGCGGGUGCCAACGGGCAUGUCCUUCACCAACAUCUACACCACCCUGAGUGGGCAGAACCGCCUCUACGAUUACAGCCAACGCUUCGUCCUGGGCAUGGGGAGCAGCUCCAUUGAGCUGUGCGAACGGGAAUUCCAGCGGGGUUCCAUGAGCGAUAGCAGCUCUUUCCUGGACACACAGUGCGACAGCAGCGUCAGCAGCAGCGGCAAGCAGGACGGCUACGUACAGUUCGACAAGGCCAGCAAAGCCUCGGCCUCCUCUUCCCACCACUCCCAGUCCUCCUCUCAAAACUCAGACCCCACCAGGCCCCUGCAGAGGAGAAUGCAGACCCAUGUGUGAAAAAGACGGGGCAGGACUGGAAAUGGAGGAGCCGGGGAGGGACAGCAGGGUGGGGACAGAGCAGACCGACAGACGGGAGAGUCGAGUCACCCCUUGGCCUCAAGCCCGACUCUGCUACCAGCUGAAGUUCUGGGUGGGGUGGAGGUUUGUGCUGUGGUUUUCUUUGCAGUCUAGUGAUUCUUGAUUCCUCAAAGCACUUUUUUGUCCCUCUCUAAAAAAAACAAAAAAGUUCAGCCAAUGCAAGGUGAAGGGGAUUAGAGUGAGCUUGUGUUUUACCAACAGUCUACCUGCACAAGAGAAAAUACCCCUUCCUUUCCUCCCGGACCUGUAAAUCCCACCCCUGCCUUUUCGGACAGGUGGGAGCAGGAAGAAGAAACACAGGAGGCAUGAACCUUAAGCUGAACCCAAACUACAUUUUAAGCACAAAGUCUGUUUCCUUCCUGUAGCAGACUGGCCUUAGGGGAAAAGGUCCAAGCAAGACCAAGACAGAAAACUUUGUCGGGAAUAUAGGUUGAAACAGAUAAUAUCCACAUUUGGUGAUUACUUUGUCAUAAAUGUGAUAAUGGUUUUUACUUUCAUGGAAAGGUUAAGCCUUCUACAGGUUCUACACUCAAGUCCACAGGAGUACAGAUUUCCCAGUGGGACUCCAGAAAAAAACAGCCUUUUCACCCCAAGUAAGAUAACCUGACUGGCCACAGGAUGUUGUGAGACAGCACACGGUCUUCCUGUUGACCAGCAAUUUUGUAUUUCUAGUCCUUCUGGCUAGUAGCUCUCCUACUUCCACUUCUUGGGGAGACACACAUACCCUACCUUCUCCUUAAGAUCACUGUCCAAUUUUACCUUCAUCAGUUACUUCAUGACGACAGGAUAGCCAAUGUUCCCCCUCGUCUUUCCUUUUCUACUUCCUUCGUGACAUCACUUCCUGACUAUGGGCAUGUUGGAGAUGGUACGCCUUGGAGCUUUUGAGCCGACUAGCCAACUGCCCUUCUUGGUUCUUAGCUCCCAUUGGCAAACCUGUAAUUGCCAGCUGUGGUUCCUCAAGCAAUCUCGCAAGUGGGGAGGGAGCUUAAUUUAAGGAAGUUUGGUGGGGAGGGGGCUUAAUGUAAGGAAGUUUGGUGGGGAGGGGAGACAGUCAUUGAUGUACACAGACUGCUAAAUUCUGGUCUUUUUAUUUCUCUUUUGUUUGGUGUUUAGUGUUCAUAAUAUUACAGUGUGUCUUUGGACUCAAAACAAAACAGUGUCGAGAACUUUUAAAAAGCAUUGCCAGCAGAACAAACACACACACCAGGGACACUCUGGUCUGAAAUGGUCGCAGAGGAACUGUUGGUGUCCAGAGGACUAAACUCGUCACCUGAGCAACGUACGACAAUCACAGGGAAGACCCUCCCAAAGAGGGCGAAGCCGAGUGAACGUGGAGCAUUUUCUUACUGCUGCUUGUGUAUCUCCUCCCCCACCCCUUCCUCUUUCCCUACCCCAAUAGCACAACUGGAAGAUUAAUACAAGAGUUGUUACAAGUGCCUUUGCCAUGGGGUUCAUUCAAAAAGCUUGUUAAAUAAAAAUGUAUCCAUUCCAA